CUGUUGUUCUCCUCCCAGGGCCCACCGCGCUGCUCCUCCCUGCAGGCGCCCAUCAUGCUGCUCUCUGGGCACGAGGGUGAGGUGUACUGCUGCAAGUUCCACCCCAACGGCAACACCCUGGCCUCGGCCGGCUUCGACAGGCUCAUCCUGCUGUGGAACGUUUACGGGGACUGUGAUAACUACGCCACCCUGAAGGGACACAGCGGGGCGGUGAUGGAGCUGCACUACAACACGGAUGGCAGCAUGCUCUUCUCGGCAUCCACGGACAAAACCGUGGCCGUGUGGGAUAGUGAGACUGGAGAGAGAGUGAAGAGGCUGAAGGGCCAUACCUCGUUUGUGAACUCCUGUUACCCAGCAAGGCGAGGACCCCAGCUCGUCUGCACAGGCAGUGACGACGGGACAGUGAAGCUGUGGGACAUCCGGAAGAAAGCUGCCGUCCAGACCUUUCAGAACACGUACCAGGUCUUGGCUGUAACUUUCAACGACACCAGUGAUCAGAUCAUCUCCGGAGGCAUCGACAACGACAUCAAGGUGUGGGACCUUCGCCAGAACAAGCUCACUUACACGAUGAGAGGCCACGCAGACUCGGUGACAGGUCUCAGCCUGAGUUCAGAAGGCUCCUACCUGCUCUCCAACGCGAUGGACAACACAGUUCGCAUCUGGGAUGUGCGACCCUUUGCCCCCAAAGAGAGAUGUGUGAAGAUUUUCCAGGGGAACGUACACAAUUUUGAGAAGAAUCUCCUGAGGUGCUCUUGGUCCCCGGAUGGCAGUAAAAUCGCGGGGGGAUCGGCCGACAGGUUUGUCUACGUGUGGGACACCACAUCCAGGAGGAUUUUGUACAAGCUGCCAGGCCACGCCGGGUCGGUGAACGAGCUGGCUUUCCAUCCGGAGGAACCCAUUAGUAAGUCCUCUCCACCUGGA